CCGAUUCUGCUCUUCUUCUUCCCGCUGCAGCCACCCGGAGAAAAAAAAAAAAGGGGAACCCAGCCAUGCUUGAGAAACUAGUGAGAUAAGCUUGGUUUUCUCCUUCUUUUCUUGUUCUAGAACCUGAUUUGGAACCCAGAAAUCUCCUUCCCCUGUUGGAAAAUCCGGAUCUGCCUUGCUCUGUCCGCCGGCUGCUGCUGCUAGGCCCGAAAUUCUGGGCAUUUUUCUGACCCGUGAGUUUCUCCCCUGCACUGCCGCUGGCUUCUCCCCCUUGCUAGGCCCGGUUCUGCAGCUGCUAAAUUCUGGUUCCUGAUCGUUCUGUCAGUUAGUGCGUGACUUGAGUGCUCGGUUUUAUGCAAGUGAGGUAAGUAAAUUUAUGGUAAUGCCCGUACUGUUUUAAAAGCAUGUUUUGAUUUGUUUUUGAAGUGGUGGCGGGGCUAAACCCGUUUUACACGAGCAUGACUGAUUUGAAGUGAAAUGUUUUGUGCUUUUCAUGAAAUUGAGCAUGCCUACUUGAAAUUUAAGUGAUUGUCCUGAUGAUUUGAAAGUGAUUGUGAAUUGUGAUUUUCCUGUUAACUUCUGCCUGUUUUGUCUCCGAUAUGGUCAUGUAUUCGUGACCCCGCUAGUGGGGGAGGUAUAAACGCUAGCACAUGUCGACAUGUAGUGAUAGAGCCGGUUCGUUCAACCCAGCUAGUGGGGGUUAUACACCAGCAAAUCGUGGCCCUACUAGUGGGGAUUAUACACUAGUAUUCCUAUUUGCCUGCCAGUGGGAACUGGCCAUGACCUAUAGAGGAGACGUCUAUUUCGUGCCCGUACUGUAUCUGUUUUCGUGAUUGUACUUGUUGGCAUGCUUUAAGUUUGAUAAGGGGCACUCCAUAUUUACUUACUGAGUUUAUCUCAUAGUUUUUCCUUGUCCACCAUUUCAGGAUGUGAAACCAAGGACGGGGAAACCACGGGAAGUGACGAGUUAGAAGGCUAGCCACUUGUAAAUUGAGCAUAGCUUUAGAUAAAUCAUGAUCUUGUAAACCAGAGUGUAUUUGGAGAUUUAUGAUAUCAGAGAGAUUUUAUAAUUUGAUCUUCAGAUUUUUAUGGUAUCAGAGUUCAGUGUGAUAAGUUCCGAGCCUUGUGCAUUUGUGGGACCCGUCUCACGAGUGCACGGCGUCUGCCACGUCCCCGGAUUUGGGUUCUGGGGCGUGACAAUUUGAUCAAAUAAUAUUUUCAAAUAUUG